AUGGAUUUAAAUAACAAUGACUAUUUGCUUUACACUGUUCCACCAGCAUUCGUUGCAUUUACUAGUACAAUAUUUUUAAUUAUUCAGAGAAUAAAGUCUAGAAAGGAUUAUGAUGAAAUACUACAAGAGGACAUACCAAUUGUCGUUGAUGAUACACGAUUUUCGACAGUUAAAAGGGAUUUGAUAAAUAUUGGAAUAAUAAUAUUACAGAUUGGAGCAUUAGCGUUCUUGUUCGGUUAUAGAUACGAUCAAAAUUGGAACGAUAUUACAGGGAUAUCUGCGGCUCUGUUAGUUUUACGCACUGGUGAUUACGAUUAUACGUGUAUGCUCGAGAUCGAAACAACAUCGUUGGAUUUUAAACGCACAUCUAGCAGCAUUCACGGCUACCGCCUUUCUAUGUUCGCUCUGGCAACUUCGAACAUCCAUCAAACUUGA